AUGGCCAAGUCGCCGGAAACAGAGCACCCACAGAGGGCAUUUGGCUGGGCCGCCAGAGACCCCUCCGGCGUCCUCUCUCCCUUCAAUUUCUCCCGCAGGGAAAAUGGAGAUGAAGAUGUGACCAUAAAGAUCCAUUUCUGUGGGAUCUGCCACUCUGACUUGCACUCCAUCAAGAACGAAUGGGGAAUUGCUCGUUACCCCAUAGUUCCAGGGUCAUGUGACUACUGCAACCAGCAACUGGAGAACUACUGCCCAAAAAUGACAUUCACCUACGGCUCCAUCGACCGUGACGGAACUCCAACUUACGGCGGAUACUCCGACGUCAUCGUCGUCGACCAGCAUUUUGUUGUCCGGUUUCCUGACUCCAUGCCGUUCGAUGCUGGCGCUCCCUUGCUCUGUGCCGGAGUGACAGUGUAUAGUCCGAUGAAGUACUAUGGAAUGGCGGACGGGUCUGCAGGGAAGCACCUGGGAAUUGUUGGGCUUGGUGGGCUGGGCCAUGUCGCUGUGAAGAUUGGGAAAGCAUUUGGGUUGAAGGUUACUGUGAUUAGCCACUCGCCGGGGAAGGAGGGUGAGGCUGUUGGGAGGUUGGGUGCUGACGGGUUUGUGGUCAGUAGUGAUCCUCUCCAAAUCAAGGCUGCUGUGGGCAGCAUGGAUUACAUAAUUGAUACAGUCUCAGCUGUUCAUGCGCUGACACCACUCUUGGCUCUUUUGAAGACUAAUGGGAAGCUGAUCACUCUAGGUCUGCCUGACAAGCCCCUCGAGCUCCCCAUAGCCCCUCUAGUUCUAGGUCGAAAGCUGGUGGGAGGGAGCGACAUAGGAGGGAUGAAGGAGACGCAGGAGAUGCUCGACUUCUGUGCCAAGCACAACAUCACUGCGGAUGUCGAGGUGGUCCCCAUGAAUCAAGUCAACAUCGCCAUGGCAAGGCUUGCUAAGUCGGAUGUCAGAUACCGGUUUGUGAUCGACGUCGCCAACUCUUUAUCGAAAUAA